CCCCGGGACGAAGCAGAUCGGCGGCGCGUCACUCCAAUCACCGGUGAGAAGAAGCCUUUCCCUCCUUUCCACGGCCUCCGCCCCUACGAGGCCACUCUAUCAACUCCCAAUUGUUCAAUUUGCUCCCACAGUCCCGACCCAUUCGGGAUUUGAGGCGCUAGAGAUUUAGGUUUACGGGUGAAAUCUCUAGUGUUCCUAGGUUAGGAUAAAUGGCGACGGUUUCGGAUUCUCUGGUCUGGGAGCUUGUCAGGAAGAACAACUGCUUCCUGAUCAAGCAGUUCGGCAACAGCAAUGCCAAGGUCCAGUUCAGCAAGGAGCCCAACAACCUCUACAAUGUCCACUCCUACAAGUACUCUGGCCUGGCAAACAAGAAGACUGUGACGGUGCAGCCAGCUGCUGAGAAGGAGAUGACUGUGGUCCUCUCCACAACCAAGUCAAAGAAGCAGAACAAGCCUGCUGCGUUCACCCACAAGACUGUCAUGCGCAAGGAGUUCCGCAAGAUGGCCAAGGCUGUCAAGAACCAGGUCAGUGACAACUACUACAGGCCUGACUUGACCAAGCCUGCUCUUGCAAGACUGAGCGCAGUUUACCGCAGCCUCCAGGUUGCCAAGUCCGGUGUCAAGAAGAAGAACAGGCAGUAAGCACUGAGGGGCCAAUGAGCUUGUUUUGUGGAUCCGUUGGUUUAUGUUUCCAGCUUUUUAGAUUUGUUCUAAGAGUAUGGAGGUUGAAUAUGAUGAAUGGUGUGCUCUGCAUACUGGCCCAAGUUUUCUCAGUAGGUUCUAUAUCUGUACCCAUGACUAUGUUGUGAAGCCUCUUGAAAUCAUUUCCACAAUUAUUGGCCUUCCA